AUGACGAACUCAACAGCUGCAGGGUUGACGAAUCGUGAAACUAGUCUCGCGAUUUCUUCAAUUCAUCAAUUCGCACUUUCGCAAGGAAUCGCUCAGUUCGCUUCAAGAAUUGUGGAACUCUGGAAAGAUAGAACACCAGAAGUUAGAACUGGGCAUCUGCUUAGAGAUCACACAUUUUGGCUAGCAGCAGCUUAUGCAGAAGCUAUAAGCAGUGCCGUUGAUAACUCUCCAACAGCUACUGCUGAGUCUUCUCAAGAUUUGUUCCGACUACCAACACAGCAAUCAGUGCAGUCAUCUACCUCCUCGCUGAGCAGCUGCAAUGUUUCUGCAAAAAAAUUUAGUUCGGGAAGGAGUUUCUCUACUGCUUACGACUCAGAUGUCUCGUCAUUGAGUCUCAGCAGCGACUGUGUAGAUAUGAAGGUGUUCACCGGUACAAGGGGCAUCCUGGCAGAUGACUCGUCAUUAGACUGCCAGAACAUCCUUCAAGCAGAGAAUGUUGUGAAGAAGUCGACAACUGGCGAUUCACUGAUGAUGCGCUCGCAGAAAAACAUGAACCUCAGGACGUGGACCAUCUUGAAUCAAAUGGAGACGUGGCAAAAAACAAUGGAUGGCACUAACGUAGUAGAAAUUUAA